AUGCCUUCUCUUGCUGCUUCGUUUUCAGCCCUGGCUCUCGUAGCUCAAGCUUCAGCUCAUCUCAGUCUGAUUAAUAUAUACGGCUCCAACGGGGCUGUAGGACAUGGAUUCGGAGUGAAUCUAUACGGUAAAUAUCCUCGCGUUAGAGGUGUUCCCGGUGAUGCUGGGGGCGACUCGGGUGUAUUCCAAACUGGAACUGACAACCCCUUACCGGCGUGUGGAAGGACGCCCGAACUGGGCCCAAUCGACAUUCCCGCAUGGCUCGAUCAGGCUGAAGGUUACGGACUUCCCGCGGCCUACGGCAAUUUAUCGGUCGUCGUUGAUGCUUUCCAAGUCAACCGUGAUGGCGGAGGUCCCAUGAGUUGUGAAUACAACGAGGAUGCAACUGCCACUUCGUGGAAGCCAAUGUUCAUGACUCUUAAUCAAGCUGGAAAUUCAGGGAUCCAGAACCAAGUCCGCUCCAACCAAACUGUUGUCAUGAACUUUCCUGAGGGUGCUCAGUGCACAGGGGGAUGGAGUCAAACCGCAUGUAUCGUGCGAUGCCGCACCGGUGUCAAUAAGAGAUUUGGUGGAUGCUUUGCCGUCAAAUUGGCUGGUGCCGUUCCUACCGCCCUCACCACCAUGGCCGCUGAUUUGAACUCCACCGCGAAUGUCGCAAUCAAGGCCAUAGCUAGCUUUGGCACUGAACCGCUCACCAGUGCAGGUGGCGAUAACUCACCCCUCAAGCUCGACAGCCCUACAUGGCAGUUAUCUGAGGAGCAAAUCAGCACCAUCGUUGAGCAGGUCAUCAUUGAAAUGAAGAAGGAAGGACUCCUCAUAUCAGCAUCAGCUUCGCGGCCCGACUACAACUCUUCAGUAGCCAACUUGAACAUAACCGGUCUUUCUCAAAUAUCUCAAGCAAUCCAGUUAGACUCCAACAGCACAUCUGCUACCGAAUCAAUUGCCGAUGCGACCACAUCUUCCCCUUCAAAUAACACACUUGUGGAUGCUUCCGAUGCUGAAGACAAUCAUUUGUACAACAUCACCACCAAGUCAAAUGUAUCGGCAGUCGUUGCCUCCGACAUUGUAGACAACCAAGUUUACAACCUUACCACACCGGUCGAGGCCCCUAAACCCAAAUCUCACAAGCCAAAGAACUCUCGAAGAUGUCAAGCUCACAAAAGAAAAUCCUAG